AUGGCGGACAUCAAUGAGCCUUUUAUGUUGUGCAGGACAUUUCAGAAGGAUUCAUUACUUGGAAUAGAGAAGCAUCUCAUCAAAAACCAUGUGAUAUUGACUUUUAAGGAUAGGGGUGUUUUGAUUUAUAAUCUGGAAAAUAAAAAGGUUAUCAACAGUUUACCAGUUCAACAAAGAAGUGAAUUCUCAUGCUCGGUUGUCCAAGACCCUCAUAGUACAAGAUAUAUUGGUGUGUUAGAUGACUUGAAUGUCUGUCAGUGGUCUGAAAAUAAUGGAAACUUGGUUGAAAGUCAUCGAAUUAAGGUUGAGCAGCCAGUGGCUCAAAUUCUAACUAUGUCAACUGAUACCAGUGGACCAGUAGUUGUAUUCAGAGAUGGCUCUUGUAAUUUAUUGUCAAAGUGUUCAACGUCAAGAAAAGCUAAGAGGAAAUCAGCAAUAUCAUCAUUAAGAAUUAUAUCAAGUUGUGUUCUACGUCAAGGUAGCACAACAUUGGUUGCUCUUGCCAAAUACAAGGAUGCAAAGCUAAGUGUAAGUCUGUCCAAGAUUGAACAUGAUGUGCAUUUCAUUGGAGAAGGGACUGUUGAAAAACCAUCUAAGGAUGUUGAUGUGAUAAAUUGCUGUUUUGACAAAUCAGGCACAAAGCUCAUUUCUUAUUGGUCAAACGGCUCCCUUUGCAUCACUGAACUAAGAAGCAUUUUAGACAGCUGCUUGCUUAGUUCAUUGCAACAAGAUGAUAUUACUUUAAAAUGUACAUGCAUCAACAGACUACAUGAAGAUUCAAAAUUAUCCAAGAAAACAGUAUCCAUAGCACCAGUAGACUCAACACAYAUUUGUAUGUGUCAUGAAGAACUARCACAAAAUGACGUCCAAGAAACAAUCUCUAUAUUCGACACAAAGUUUGGCACAAGACAAAUCAGUGUUUCGCUGGAUACAAUCACUAGUGAUGAGCCUGUGUCAAGCCUGACUAGCCAUUCCUCUGGCUCUACACACAUCAUGUGUACAGAUGGUUAUAUCUGUACAAAUUCCAAAUAUGGCAUAGCAGCAUGUUCCUAUGCUGUCUCACCGUCGUCACUGGCAACAGCUCUUGGGAAACUAGCACCCAUGAGUUCAUCUGAGAUGACAUCAUUGAAGCCAUUACUAUGUAUUCCACAUCUACCAGACCCAACAAAGGAUCUUCAAGACUGGGCUGAUUCUACAAAAACAAAUCAAACCACUGAAGAUGAAAUUCUAGUAAGAUUAACAAGCCCACAAAAGACAAAGACAGUGAAAUCAUUUACACAGCAGCUGAAUGAUUAUCUAGAAUCUAAAUGCCUGAAGAAAGGACAAGAUAAGGACAAUGAAGACAAAGUUAAGAAAACUUCCUUCAAAGCAAAGGAGAAAUUCAAAAGCAAGUUUCUCCUUUCUCAGCAUUUUGUGCUGGCAGUGUUAUCUCGUUGCUUGGAAGAGACGAAGUUCUUUCCCAAAGAAGCGCUCACAAAUCUCAUCAAAACAAGAUGUAUACCUGGAAGUUCAAGUCCAGAACUCCUUAAAUAUUUAACAGAGAAAAAUGAAGUGAACAUGAUUUUAAUUUGUAUAAAGAACAUUCAAGGCAUACCAGAGUCAGCUCUUGUAUCCUGCAUUCAACAUGCAAUACAAGCUGAAGAUUCAGUAUUUGGUGAUAAAAAAGAAGAAGAGGAAAUCAGAAAGGAAAAAGAAAAAGAUGUUAAUGAUCUAGUUUUCCCUUGUCCUUUUGGAAAGAACAGAGUGAACUUAUUAUGUCAUCUUUUAAGUUACCCAGUAAAUGAUAUAUUCAUUCAACAAAGCAUCAGGAGGUUCACUUCAGCCAGUAUUAUUGAAUUGAUGAAGUUUUUAGCACACAUCAUAGAAACUGCUCCAAGAACAUCAUUUUCCAGACAGGAUAGUCCAUUGAGUUAUGCAACGGCUUUAGAUUGGACAGGAUGGAUCAUUAAUGCUCACUACACUAGCCUUGUACUCAUGCCCGAUGUCCAUGACCUUCUUAAAUAUAUGAGCAAGUCCGUGAGUGGUCAGGUUUCCCUGUUAGAAAAACUAAGCCGCUUGGAAGGAUAUUUGCACCAUUACAAGAACAAGCAAACACUUCCAAAUAGUGAAAGAACAACACUUUAUACAGUAGAAAUGAUAGAAUUGUGAUUAUGAAAUAAAGCAAAAUGGAUUUGUGAAUGCA